GUGAAUAGUAAAGUACAUCUCAGUCCUCCGAAAUCUGCGAGAAAUCAUAUAUUUUGAAGAUAUUACUUCCCUGUGUUCGCCAUUUACGGCCUGCUGUUGUGCGGUUUCCCGUGGUUGGGCUCACUUCCCGGUGUUACUAGCACUACCCCAGGAACACUUUCCAGACCCGUCUACCUACGGCUUGUCAAGCUAUAGCCAUCGUUUGCUUCAAAAUCACUUUGGAGGGCUACACUGUAUCAUGUUGUAGGCUGAUCACAACACAUCCUUUUUCCAUCAUCGGUCUGCCCUGCUAUUUAUAGCGAAGCUGGCACUACUUGCAGAUCCAUACUCCACAGGAACGUGCGAAGUCUUGGAUUCCAUCAUGCCAUCCGACAAGAGGCCUCCCAUAUUUCUGUAUGCCAAAUUUGAUGUACAGGCUCUUUGCCGGACUGCAAGCAGCCUUCGACAGGAUAUUGCAUGCACUUGUAACCCCGACCAACAUCCCGCGAGCGGCAGCUUUAAUUGGGCCGUUUUCCUUACCUUCGAAGAUGGAGUUCAGUGGGUCCUGCGGUCGCCACAUACGAAUGGCGCCGAGUUAUCGAUGGAGCUUAGCUCGAAAUUGCUUGAAAGUGAAGCCGCUACCAUGAAAUAUGUACAACAAAAUAGUGACAUUCCAGUGCCCACUGUACACCUUUACAGGGCCAAUGCCGAAAAUGAAAUCGGCAUACCAUUCAUAUUGAUGAGCAAGGCGUCCGGCUGGCCCCUUGAAAAAGCCUGGAAAAACCCAGAGUCCGACAAACCAGUAUUGGCUGCAUCGUUGAAAGCCAAAGUGCUUCGUCAACUAGGAGAGACAACUUAUAAGCUCUCACAGUUACGGUUCAGUCGGAUCGGCUCACUCUUCGAGCGAGAUGGGCUUGUUCCAGUCGAAGAAUGUCUCUCCCGUGGUCAUAUACUGCACGACCGUUAUUCACUAGAAGGUGUUGCCCGAGGGCCAUUUAUUUCUGAGGAACACUAUAUUGAACCAACAUGCAAACAUGCAGAAGUUUUACAGCUUUCUCAUCACUGCUUUACUGCCCCUAUUCCUAGCCGUGAAGACUAUGAAUCACACGAUCAGUACCUUGAAGCCUGUGAUCUGUGGAAUGACUUCGUCACUGUUGGGAAAAAGCUCGACUCAUCUGACAACAGACUCGAUUACAUAGUGGCUGCACACGCACUCCGAGAGCUUAUACCAGCAUGGAGGUCGCAAUUACCUAACACCGACUCGCAUUUGUUUCCACUAUGUCAUGCGGAUUUAAGCGUGAAUAAUAUAUACGUCGACGAUGAUUUCAAUAUCACAUGUAUCAUCGACUGGGCAUUUUCAACAACUGUCCCAGAAGCCCUGCUGUUGACACCCCCCGGCCUGCCGCAGUCGCGCUACGAGUUGGAUAAGAGCCUCCGCCUUGCCUUCCAAGAUGGAUUCGAAACUGCCAUCAUAGGAGACACGUGUGAUCAACGGACAGAAAGCAUUAAGGCCGCCCUUGAACUUGUGAAAGAGGGCAGGUGCUCGUGGCUGUUGACCCGGUUUCUUAAUUUUGAUUCGAUUGACGACCACGGUCUUUUUACGGCCCUAUGGGAACAUACCUACGGCCACAGCAAAGACAUCGGAUCUUACUUUGCCGAAAGGCGAUCGUCCCCUAGCUAUAUUGAGCUCUACAAUGACGUCCGACUAGAGGACCAGCCUUUGGAGAAGCUCAAGAAGGCAGAGUCCAACUACUUCCGGGAUGACUGGGGUUGCCAAUACACGCCAUUUCAUCAACAACGCCUCCGAAAAACCGGAGAGCUCUUUGUCACUGAUUCCAAGUUGUGGAAGUGGAUCUUGGAAUUCAAGAAAGACUGGGGAAACAUUUCCUAA